UGAACAUGCGUAAUUAACCUUUCGAAUAGGGAAAAAACACUUUACAACAAAACUCUUCGUUGGUGGAACGUGUUCAUUUGUUUCCCUUAGCUUUUUGGAAUGUUUAAAGUGAGCAUGAGCAUAAUGGCUCUCUGAAGUUUGAACAGGACAGAAACGCCGGCCCUGGGGCUGUCAGUGAGUGGGGUUAAUUGAAAACUCUACGGGUUGGUGGGGAAACGGCGAGUAUUGACUUUGCUGUUUACUAGGUUGCUCACUUUUUUGAGGAGAUAGGCCUAGUUUUUGUCUCAGCAUGUCAAUAGUAACAGUGCAACUUGGUCAGUGUGGCAAUCAGAUUGGUUUUGAAGUGUUUGAUGCUUUAUUUAGUGAUUCACACUGUACCCAGGGGCUUUGCUCUAAAAGAGAGAAUGAGGCAUAUCAAUCAUCCUGCAAAGAAAGAUUCUUCAAUGAAGAGGAAAAUGGAGUUCCAAUUGCCCGGGCUGUACUUGUUGACAUGGAACCUAAAGUUAUUAAUCAAACACUAUCAAAGGCUACCCAGUCCAGCCGAUGGAAAUAUGGCCAGCGUUCAUGCUUCUGCCAAAGACAAGGUUCUGGAAACAACUGGGCAUAUGGUUACUCUGUUCAUGGACCCAGACAUGAAGAACCUGUAAUGAACCUAAUCCAGAAGGAAGUAGAGAAAUGUGACUCUUUGGGUGGUUUUUUCUUCAUAAUGAGUAUGGCUGGAGGCACAGGAUCUGGACUAGGAACCUUCAUUACACAGAAUUUACAAGAUCAGUAUUCCAGCUCUUUGAAAAUGAAUCACAUUAUAUGGCCUUAUGGAACUGGUGAGGUCAUUGUUCAGAACUACAACUCCAUUUUGACUCUUUCUCACUUGUACCGAUCUUCAGACGCCCUCCUUGUUCAUGAGAAUGAUGCUGUUCACAAGAUCUGUGCAAAAUUGAUGAAUAUCAAGCAGAUCUCCUUUAACAAUAUAAAUCAAGUCAUCGCCCAUCAGCUGGGAAGUGUGUUCCAGCCUACUUAUUCUGAGGAAGGCUCAUUUCACUACAGAAGAAAUCCAUUAGGAGACUUAAUGGAGAAUUUAGUUCCCCAUCCUGAAUUCAAGAUGCUGGGAGUCCGUGACGUUCCUCGCAUGUCUGAGAACUCACUGGCAUACAGCACGUUUACUUGGGCUGGCCUCCUCAAGCGUUUGAGACAGAUGCUCAUUUCUAAUGCGAAAAUGGAAGAAGGUAUUGAUUGGCAGGUACAGCCUCCUUUAUCAAGACCUCCUCCUCUUGGUAAAAGGUCCCUCAGCGAGCAGCUCCGCUUUAACACUUCCAUCGCUAACCUGGUCGUCCUGCGUGGGAAAGAUGUGCACAGUGCAGAUGUGGGGGGAUUUAAAGAUCCAGCUCUCUAUACUUCCUGGUUGGGACCAGAUAAUGCUUUCAAUGUGUGGAAAACCCAGCGAGCCUUUAGCAAGUAUGAGAAGUCUGCAGCACUGGUCAGUAACAGCCAAUUCCUAGUAAAACCACUUGAUAUGAUUGUGAGCAAAGCAUGGAAUAUGUUUGCUUCAAAGGCCUACAUUCAUCAGUACACAAAAUUUGGAAUUGAAGAAGAGGACUUUUUGGACAGUUUCACAUUGUUAGAACAGGUUGUUGUCAGCUACUGCAACCUGUGACCUUGAACAGAUGGCUCAAGGGAAAAAGUACCUUACGUCACUUUUGGACUAAAAUAUUUUCAGUACUGUUUUCCCUGUAAAUUUUCAAAUUUUGAUCUUUUAAAAGCAGCCAGGUCAGAUGUUGAUUUCUUUUGCAUACUGUGCCCACAGACAGGACAAAAACCUUUUAGAUGGAAGACAGCAUGUUUUCAAUGAAAACAUCUACUUGUUAUUUUCAUUUUUAGGAAAAAAAAAUUGGUGCUUCUAUAAAGAACUUUGGAAAUACUUUGCUGAAAUGCUGGAACUCUGGAACUGUGCAAAAAAGGGAACAUUCUGUUUAUUCUCUAUAUAGCUCUUUCCUCUUUUUUCCAAAAAGAAUUCAUGAAAGAGGAGCUAAACUUUCACAGCACAAUUUUAAGCUAAGAAAUUGCAAUUCUGUAUUUAAAUGUAUUUAUCGUUGAAGUGAAUGCUUUGAACCACAAGAGGGAGCUGUCGUUAAAUGCUACAGGGUGAAUGUGUAUUUUGAAUAUUUUUAUUCUAUAACAGGUAACAUUUUCUACUUCAGGCAGCUAUUUAAAAAUAAAUGUCAGGAUUUUGUUACUAAAUCUACAUCAUGUGUAAGUAUACAAAAGUAAAUAAGUAAAUGUUU